CGCACUUCUCCGCACGACGAUGCCCAAGGGACUCUGGAACUUGCACGUUGAUGGGAACUGGUACCGCUGGUUCCACCGUUCCAGUGCAGACUCUCCUUCCCCAGACGCGCCAUCAAUUCUGAAAACCGUCCGCAAAAUUCUUUCAGGAAAUAACAAUUUCAAAUGGGGGACUGUCCCAUUUCCGACACCGCUUCAUUUCCAACUCGAUUUUGUGUAUACCGUUGACAGAGAUGCUGGCUACAUUACAGUCACCCGCUGGAGAUCGGUGGACGGAGGUUUAUACCCGAGAGCCCAACGGGCAACGUUGACCAGUAUCCGAGAGACGUCGCUCGGCACGUUGGAGGCUCUUCUUGAAGAUGUGGCAGAGGUUCCUAAGUAUUGUAAUCAGUCACUGAGCGAUGCACAUGCUGAAGUUGGCGUGCAACAUUUAUUGGAAUCCUUUGGGAUCGAUCCCAUGGUCCCCGCGCCGCUAAACGAGCUGCAAUUCAAGGUCUUUACGGACUUUGUCCUCACAUGGCGGUUUUAUUUAGGCGAAAUCUCUACUUGGGAACGCUCCUUUUCUCUAUUCUCUGUACUUGCAAUUGGACUGCUGCGUAUCGCGGCAUGGGACUUGGAGAUUAGGAAUACAGAUUACAAAGACAUAACCACAUUUUCGUUCCUCCCGGGAUGGAAGGCGCCAACUAACGACGUCUUCUGGUUUCAUGGAUAUCUAGUUGUGUGCUGCAGCUCCGACGAAAUUCGCACUUCAGUGUCUACAAAAACAAGGCAUUUCGUAUCCCGCAGUAACGGUCAAGCAGUGGCGGUACACGGGAUAGCUAUUUCCAUACGACAAGUCGUACUCUUUGAGAUUCGCAAUGGCCACAUGGUUUAUUCCCCACCUAUUCCACUUGUUACCAAUGAUUCGUCAAUACAUUGCUCUCCUGGGUUCAGGCUGUUGGCGUAUGUGUUUACCUCGAAUCACUGGAAGGGAUCAUCGGAGCGCUGGGGAGUUCCAAUGCCCACGGAGCUUCUCGAGAUGAUAAUAAAAGCAUCUGCGCCGAGGCCGAAAGAUUUGAUUUCAAUGGCUCAGGCGUCUAUGCUGCUUGAGCAAUGGUAUUACUCUUCCAUUCUACAAGUUAAUGGCAUCAAUAUACACCAAUACCCCCUCUCGAUACCAUGUUGCGGCAAGCGACACACAUCAGACACCAUUGGGAUUUAUUGCUCAGUCUGCUAUGCCUGGUUUCAUACUGAAUGUGCAUAUCCGUCCUCUGAUAUGUCUUCUGAACGCAUUCAAUAUAUCUGCUCUGGUUGCCAGGAGAGCAGACCUUGCGCUGUUCUUGAGAGUGGUGGGAUCCACCAAGCCUACCGUGCAAAGCGGGAUCGGAAAGGAUGCAGCGUGGUCCAUGAUGGAAAAGCUACAGAUUUCCACCUGCGACCUUGCAAACCAACCCGUCACUUUCCAGAUACAUGGCACAUGUUCGGUCUCGCCGCCCCUGCUCCAAAGAGAGCCGAUUAUACAAUUUAUUUCAGUGGGGUAUUUUCCGGUCUUGCGUAUGGAUUUGAUUAG